UAGACCCAAAAUAGAAAGAGGGUUAAUUAAGCUUUAAUUGGAUGUGUAUCUUGAAUACCUAUGAGUGUUCUGAGUAUUUACUCCGAUUUUUUUCAGUGUGGGGAUUUAUUUUAUCAUUGGUACCUAAUUUUGGUGGUCUGCGGGCAUCGUGAACCAAAAUGAUAUAGCGCCCUCUGGUGACAAUCUAAAGAGAACAUACCAUUACCAAGAUGGCGGCCACCAGCGGUAGUCCGAAGUUUCCCGACUUUUCAGUAUUAAAACAGCUUUCUAAGGAGCAUUUGGUUCACCUAUUGGAAUCGAUUCCUGAAAAGAAGGAUUUAGUGAUCGAUCCUGAUCUAAUGAGGCCUUUAGAUAGAAUAGCCGGAGCUCAACUGCUAAAGAGACAUGGUGUUGACAAGAUAUUCAAGUUGGAAAGUAACAAGCUUGAGAUAAGCGGAGAUUCGCGCAUGUACCUGGCCCGGCCAAGUGUGAAGAAUGUUAAGAAUAUCGCAAAUCAAAUUAAAGGUGACCAAGAAAAUGGAAGGAGGAAAAAGUACAAAAUAUUAUUUGUACCAAGAAAGUUGUACUUCUGUGAAAUGCUGCUUGAGCAAGAAGGAGUCUAUGGAGCCGUUGAGUUAGAGGACUUCAAGCUGGAUCUCAUUGCCUUGGACAGAGACAUUCUGUCCUUGGAAUCACCAGGUUUCUUCCGCGACUACUUUGUGGAAGGUGAGCAUUCGCUACUACACACAAUUGCAACUUCCAUCGUCAACCUGCAAUCCCUGUUUGGUACCAUCCCCCACGUCUAUGGCCUGGGACGAUGUGCAAAGAUGGUGUGGGACCUGGUCAACACACUGAAAUCACUGCAAGGGGAGCCCCGUGCCCCCAUCCGGAAUGAGAUCGGCCACUUGUUCUUAAUUGACCGUGAGGCAGACCUGGUCACGCCCCUGUGCACACAGACCACCUAUGAGGGACUCCUGGAUGAAACAUUUAACAUCAGGAGUGGUUAUUGUGAGUUUGGGCCGGAGGUAACAGGCACAGACAAGAGUAUGAGACUAUUACUGAAUUGUGAGGACCAGAUUUUUGAAGACAUUCGAGACCGUCACAUAUCACAUGUGUUCGCUUACCUCAGCGCGCAAGCUAAAAUGGUCCAAACCGGCUAUCAGAAAGGACGGGAGUUACAGAACAUUGGUGAUGUCAAAUCCUUCGUGCAGACAGAGCUCAAAGAUUUGAAGCAGCAGUACAAAUCACUCACAAUACAUAUCGGGGCUUGUGAACGAAUACUCAACCUAAAGACCAAACAGAUCAACUUCGAGGAACAACUACAGACAGAGCACAGUUUGCUUGAAGGCAUCAACUUGAAGGAAUGCUACACGUACAUAGAGGAGCAAAUUGACAGACAGGUUCCACCGGACAAAAUACUUAGGCUACUCUGCCUGCUGUCACUCACACAAAAUGGCCUUCCAACCAAGGACUACCAGACCUUAGAGACCCACUUCCUACAGAGUCACGGUCACAAACACCUCCUGACCUUCUCCAACCUGCGCAAGCUGGGCAUGUACACGGAGCAGCCCUCGGUAGAGGUCACUAAGAUGACUGCUGCUGACGUCCGGACCAAACUGACCGACAAGGCCCUGAUGAAGAAGACGGCCUUCAGAAUGCUGUGCAAGAAACUUAACCUGAUACCUAAAUCAGGAGAAGUCAAUCUUCGAAAUCCUGAGGACAUGUCCUACGUCUUCAGUGGAGCCUUCACUCCCCUUACAUGCAAACUUGUGGAACAGGUUCUAGCGAAAGGUGGCUGGGCGGGUCUGGAUGACGUCACCAAGCUGCUCCCGGUGCCGACGUUUGCCGAGCACAAGGCCCAAUCGGUCAAAGGUCGGGGCAGCAACGGACACCACCAAGUUGCACCAUCAGAGAAAGUAGUUCUGGUUUACUUUCUCGGCGGAUGCACAUAUGCCGAGACAGCAGCGCUCAGGCUGUUGGGCAAAAUGAAGGGGUACCAGUUUAUCUUUGCCACGACAGCCAUCACCAAUGGUGCUGCGCUCAUCGGUUCCAUCAACGACGGCAAGAAAUAAAAAUCUUGGACCCGUUCCAAGACCUUCCAGGUGUGAUUAGUGGCGAUGCGACCAUCGCCCUCUGUAGUCGGCUUCCAGUUAGCGAAGGGAUGACACUGAAUUUAAACUGAAACCGUUGCCGCUUUCUGACUUAAAGUCCAUGUGACAUAGCACCUAUUUUACAUUGCAUUAAAUUGUAAUACA